UAUUCAUUUAUCUUUUGUUAUGGACUGUGAAAUUUGUUGGUUAUGAAUGAUUAAAUUUUAGGAAACUGUAAAUUUACUGGUUUGACAAUUGUUUGCAAAACUCUAUCUUGAUUUAUUCGAUAUCGAUAACAUAAAUUUAGUAUGUAGACUGAAAUUUUUCACGGCUUUUUUAGGAAAUUUUAUAAAAACACAACAGCAUAACAGCAUUUUUUGGAAUGGCAUCUCUUGUUGCUGAUUAUGGCUCUUCAGAUAACAGCAGUUCAAAUGAGGGUUCUGAUACUGAACAACCAUCUCCAAAACAAGCGGCUCCAGUUCAGGAGCCACCUCAAAAGCUUCCUCUUCCGAAAUUCGACCCGGACGGCGCGUCACCAAUCAAGAACUCGGUGUUCGUGAACCCGUUUGUAGAGGAAGAAAACGCCAAGGAGGCAAUCCUCGAGAAGCACGUCAAGAUGAUCCCGGCCAAAUCUGACGUCACCAACAUCAACGGCAAGAAAAUCUGCUGGAUGUAUCGGAAAGGACGAUGCCGGUUCGGACACAAUUGCAGGUACGCGCAUGACUCCGAUCUGCACUUGGCCGAAAGUAACGCCGAAAUCGGUGAGAAAGACAAGUCGUCGGACAGUGUAAACGACAAUUCGGUGAGUAGUGCGACGAGCGAGACACCAAUUGACACCAGUGCACUCAAAAAGAAGAAGAAACGACCCGGUCUCAGUCAGACACUUGUGCCCGGUAAGAAAGUGAUGAACAUGUAUAAGAAGCAGAAAACCACAGACUCUUCUCCUUUCAUUAUAUCAAGCAAAAAAUAACUCGGUAUAUUUGUAAAUUAUUUAUUUAACAGCCGUUGAUGUGUGGAAGAUUUUUCACUAGACACGAUUAUGUGGACGUCACCGUAAAAAAAAUGAUUGUAUAUAUUUGCAAAUUAUUCAUCAGUUCGGUACAGUGAUAAUAAUAUUCCUGUGAGAUCUAAUGUUAUUAGAUAUCUAAAGGUACGUACAGAUUUACGCGCCGCGAACAUGAUCAAUUCACUUUUAAUCAGCUGAUGCCAAGCUUUUUAUAUCUGUAUCUUACCGUUUCUGUAAAAGUGAAUCAUAGAAAUUCCCAUGAUUUCUAAUGGGCCUAUUAAAAACUGGCUAGGUCGGGCUGAAUGAGAAUAGUGUCAUUAGAACUCAUGGAAAUUAUAUCUUCACGGAUAUGUGAGAUUCCAGCUUUAAUAUGGACGUCACCGUUUUAGGUUCGGUCGAAACAUAUGUUAGGUGGUUAGUGAACCACAAGGGAGUGACGCUCAUAAAUACCAUAGUUAUAAUGAACCAUCUAUAGUGAGAUCCACGUUAUAAUGGCAGUGUGUGAUUAGCAAUGGUAUUGCUAUCCUUGUCUAUCAGUCAACAAAGCUGAUAGCUCUAUCUCUUUCUCGCUUUGCUCUGUUGCCAGAUCGUUUUUUAACAAUGUAGAAUUAAUAAUUAACAGAAUAUUUUAUCUUAAUUAUGAAAAUUCAUUAUUGAAAAAUAUAAUUCCUCGCUUAAUAAAAUAUAACUGAUUAUUUAAAAUGAGAAUGAACCGUUGAUAUUACAUCAAUAAACCUGUAUCAGAAUGUGGAUCGGCAACGUUUUUCUCCUAUCUUUCUCCACUGCCAUUAUAACGUGGACCUCACUAUAAUAAGUUAAAUGAUCCGAUCAUUUCCCAUUAUCAUUAAUCAAGUCUAAAACUUUUCAGGGCAUCAUCAGUAAAAUAUCGUUGCAAUUACAUGAAGUGAGAUUUACGUUAUAAAGUCAGUAGAAAUUAUACGAAUGCAUUGUCACCAAUUUUCCGUUUUCACCGCCUUCUAUAGUAGGCUGCAUACAGUCCCGGACUUUCAACUUGGCCCCGGUACCGAUUUACCCUUCAGGAACGAAAAGCUACUAUGCUUAGCAAUAACAUUUGAUCAUCCAGCUGAUUUGUAUCUAGCUAUUUGAGUGAACCAGUCAACAUGACAUAAUUGUAUUAUCA